AGGAACACCAGGCUUGACUUCAAUGGCGACGCAUCAUAUACCUGCACCCUUGCAGACCCGACAGGUGUGCUGCAAGUCACCUGGCAGAGGCUGUUCAAAGACGACUCGGUGGAGAAUCUGGCCACCUACAGCAAGCGGUUUGGCGCUCAAAUCAUAGACCCGCACCGAGGCAAGGUGGUUUUCACGGAGGCAUCUCUCAACUCGACGUCUAUUACCGUGAACAAUGUAACAUGGGCGGACGAAGCCUGCUAUAUUUGUUCCUUCAAUGUUUACCCGAGUGGUUCAAUACGCAAGCAGACUUGUCUUACCGUUCAAGGUUUAUCUGAAGUGAGAGCCACAAUGCAAAAAGUCCCCAGCACUGAARCUYAKMCAGACAUGGAAGUUGUGGUCAGCUGRUCUGCCACAGGUAAACCAGCACCUUGGAUCCAAUGGAACAUUUCUGCAGCAGCACUCAUAAAGACACCUAACAACUGGACUGUCAUUAACAAAGACCAAAGUGUCACAGCCAAUAGCAACAUCACCCUCCAACUGUUGCCAGGCUCAGGGGGAUACGUGGACUGUAUCGUAAACAAUGGGAUGAGGACACAGAGACACGAGC